AUGAAAUUGCAUUUGGGAUCCAUUCUUACCUUACUCCUCCUUAACAGCCCCUUCCUCUCGGGCCUGCCGCUGGAUGAUAAGCCCGACGAUUCUUCUACCGUGGUAGAAAGGUCCCCCACGGCACUUCAACGACGAGUUGUGAAUGGACACGUAAAGCUUCGUUGGGAGCACAAAGACAGACCGAAUGCCUUCUGGGGACAUUUCGGCAAACCCAAUUUCGACGAUACUCCGUACCUUCUACCCGACAAUCAAAGGCAUGACCGCUCAGCGAUCAUAGCACAAUCCAACCACUUUGCCAAACAAGCCUACGAUUAUAUUAGAAACAGCUUUCCGGAUUUCAAACCCCCCUCAUUUCUAGUGGCGGUUGUAUAUGUUCCGGAUAUCGGUUUUUAUUUCGGCACAAAGCCUCCGAUGGGAAAUUUCCGUGGUGAAGAUAUGAUUUCGCCCAUCGCAGCCACCAUUGCACCUCACUGGAAGGCUGCAUCGUAUCCGAGGACAGAAAUCAGGCAUUUGCACUCGGAAGACUCGGCUUUGUACACUCUGGAAGAGUUUGUUGGAAAGCACCCGAGUGUCCUGGCUAGGUGGGGUGCCAGGGGUAACCAGCCCUAUCGGGGUUCUUCCUACAUGGCUGUGUAUGGUUAUUUCAAUGAUGGGCCUGUGGGCAUCGUGCGACCAUGUAGUCUGCAAACGCCAAACAAUCCCAUUACUUGCUAUACUAUGCUUAGUGCACUGGGUGUCGGCAGUCUCGUAACUGAGUGGACGUGA